AUGGCCUUAUCAAGUGACGCCAUUAACUCAAAUAAAUCAUCACAAAAUCUAUGCCGAUAUUUUCUUUCAAAUGGAUGUCGUUAUGGUGAUAAAUGUUUCUAUUCACAUGAUCAAUCAAAUAGUCAAAUAAAUAAUAUUUGUCGAUAUUAUUUACGAGGCAAAUGUAUCUAUGGUGAUCGAUGCAGAUAUGAUCAUGUACAGCCAAAACCACAAACAACUCUUUCUUUGAGUGAAACAACAACAACAAAUUCUUUUCAACAAGAUUUAAGCAAUAAUCAAUCUCAAUCUUUUACUGAAGUUGAUAAUGAAGAAUCAAUAAACUAUAAAAAGCAUUCUCGUGAUAAUUCGAUUUCUCUGGAAGAAAACGAUGAAUAUUCUCCUAGCUUUACUCUUCAAUCUUUAUGUCCAUAUGCCGAAAAAGAUGGUUAUUGUGAAGCAUUAGAAACUGGACGUUAUUGUCCAUAUAUUCAUGGUGAUUUAUGUGAUCUUUGUGAAAUGCCAGUAUUACAUCCAACAAAUGAAAAACAACGCGAACAACAUCGAUUUGAAUGUUUACGAAAACAUGAAGCUGAUUGUGAAGAAGCAUUUGCAACACAACGUAGUCAAGAUAAAAAAUGUGGUGUUUGUCUUGAAACAGUUUGGGAUCGUGAUGGUGAUAAACGUUUUGGUAUAUUAGAAAAUUGUGAUCAUAUUUUUUGUUUGGAAUGUAUAAGAAAAUGGCGUUCAUCAUCAAAUUAUGAACAUAAAAUUGUUAAAGCUUGUCCAGAAUGUCGAGUAAAAUCUGAUUUUGUUACACCGACAAAGUAUUGGCCAGAAAAUGAGGAAGCAAAAAAAAAUUUAAUUCAAAUUUAUAAAGAAAAUCUUCAAAAAAUUCAUUGUAAAUUUUUUAAACGUGGUGAUGGUUUAUGUCCAUUCGGAUCAAAAUGCUUUUAUUUACAUGUUGAUAAACAAGGACAACAUGUUCAAUUAGAUCCACCGCGUCGUCGUCAACGAUUUAAUAUACGUGAAGAUUUAGAAAAUUUGUCUGAUGUUCUUAUGUUAUCGAUUUUUUCACCAUUUAGUGUUGGAAGAGUUUUUGAUGAAUUGGAUUUAUUAUUUGAUGAUGAUGAUAUUGAAUCAUAUGGAUCUUAUCUAACAGAUGAAGAUGAUUUUCGUUUUGCUUAUGAACAUGAUUAA